CCCCCCCCCCCAGGUGCUCUAGUUUUCUCCCACAUCUGAAAGGAAUGUUGGUUAGUAGGCUAGUUGGCUACUGUAAAUUACCCCAUGCAUAGGUGGGUGAUAGUAAGGUAAGGAAGGAGUUAAUGGGUUUGUGAAAGAGAAUUGCACUGAACCAGCAGACUCGAUAUGCUGAACAGCCUUCCAUGCCAUUAUGAAAUGGCAUUUUUAUGAGAAUUGAGUCAUUGGAACUCUGCUUCCACUGCCUUUCGAAGAAGAGUGUCUUUGAAUAACUUUUUUUGGAGAUAGAUGUGUAUGUGGAGUUGAGGUUACCGUCAGAUCAACCAUGAUCUCAUUAUAUGGUGCAGUACACUCAAGAGGCCGAGAAGACUACUAUUGCCCCUAGGUCGUACGCCUGUUUUCCCAGUUCUGAUGAAAGAAUAUUGAGUUGAAGCGAGAUGUUGCCUGACUUGCUGAGUAUUCCCAGCAAUUUUGUUUUAUUUCAGACUUCCAGUAUCGGCAGUUAUUUUUGUUUUUGAUUUUUUUUUUUGCUGCCCCAUUUCUACAUUUUUUAGAGUUAAGUGUGAACGGACACUGCAAAAUAAACAAGUGGGAAUUAACUGCAGCUUCGGUGCAACCUAAACUUCCAACGACCGGCCAUGAGAGGAGAGGAUCGGCGUCUGCGCGCCGCCUCGACGCGUCUCGCGGGCGCGCCGCGGGGAUGUGGGCGGGGUUUGCCAUGCGCGCACACAAAGCUAGCGGCGGGGCCCCGCGUGUUACUGGGGAGACGUGCUCGAGUGGCGGCUCCGCUGAAACUCAGGGACUUUACUCCAGUUACGAGAGCGAUCGAGGAUCGGUUACGAGCGGUCCUAGAUCUGUUGAUGUGACCAACACUGUCAUUGUACGCUGUGACCGAAUCUGAUUAAAGGCAGUCAUGUGAUAAAAGGUGACAAGGAUGACCGUUACUGAAAGGCUGCGUGAAAAGAUAUCGCAGGCAUUCUAUAACCACGGGCUUUUCUGUGCAUCUUACCCGAUUCCCAUUAUCUUUUUCACUGCUAUGUGUAUUUUAACAUGCUGUUAUCCCUUAUUGAAGCUACCUCUGCCAGGAACAGGGCCAGUGGAGUUUACAACGCCUAUAAAGGAUUACUCUGUACCCCCAGUUGAAGCAAAUCCAGGACACACCGAGCAGUCUGAUAGACCGGAUUGGUAUUUCGGACCUCCAGUUGCAUAUAUACAACAGAUAUUUGUAAAAGCCAUCGUGUCCCCUUGGAACAAAAACUUAAUUGCUGUUGAUGUGUUCCGUGCCCCACUCUCAAAAGUGUUUCAGCUGGUGGAAGAAGUAAGAAAUCAUGUCUUUCAAGACAGUACUGGCAUGAAAAGCCUAGAAAAUAUCUGUCUCCAGGUCACCGAUCUACUUCCUGGGUUGAAGAAGUUGCAGGGUCUACUUCCUGAGCAUGGCUGCCUCCUCAUCUCUCCAGCUAACUUUUGGAAAAACAGUCGGGAUCGCUUUGAUUCUGAUCCAGAUAUUAUUAGCACCAUCCACCAAUAUGAGCCUAAGACUCUGCAAACAUCUGCUUCACUCAAAGAUUUGCUCUUUGGAGUGCCUGGGAAGCACAGUGGAGUCAACUUGCACAAUCGCAAAAGGGUAGUCUCCUAUGCCAUCACUGUCAUCCUGCAUAGGUAUCACUCGAGAUUUCUAAAAAGUCUUCGAUUGCGGUUAAAGCAGCUUCAUCCUAGUACUAACAGCACGUUGAGGGAAGAUCAGAUAGUCCAUGUCCAUUUUAAGGAAGAAAUUGGCAUUGCUGAGUUGAUUCCUCUGGUCACGACGUACAUCAUUCUUUUUGCAUACAUUUACUUCUCUACCAGGAAGAUUGACAUGGUGAAAUCAAAAUGGGGUCUUGCACUUGCAGCAGUGGCAACUGUUCUUAGCUCCCUUCUUAUGUCAGUCGGUCUAUGCACACUUUUUGGCCUUACACCUACUUUGAAUGGAGGAGAGAUCUUUCCUUAUCUUGUUGUGGUCAUUGGUUUGGAGAAUGUGCUUGUACUUACCAAGUCAGUUGUCUCCACUCCUGUGGAUCUUGAAGUCAAACUACGAAUAGCACAAGGUUUGAGCAAUGAAAGUUGGUCCAUAAUGAAGAACAUGGCUACUGAACUCAUUAUCAUACUGAUUGGUUACUUCACCCUGGUUCCAGCUAUUCAGGAAUUUUGUCUAUUUGCUGUGGUUGGACUCGUUUCCGACUUCUUUCUGCAGAUGUGUUUCUUCACAACGGUAUUGUCCAUUGAUAUCCGCCGCAUGGAGCUUGCUGACCUGAAUAAGCGCCUUCCUGCAGAGGCUGUGCAAGAAAUCUCCGAUCAAAUGAGGCUGUCUCGUUCCAAGUCAGUUCCAAGACAGAAGAGAUAUGAGCGACAGCCUACAAUGCGGCCUUCAGCUCCUUACACCAUCUCCCUGCAACCUUCUUCUUUUAGAAACUUACGGCUACCGAAGAGACUGAGAGUAGUAUAUUUCUUGGCUAGGACGCGACUUGCACAGAGGAUUAUCAUGGUGGGGACUGUCAUAUGGAUUGGGAUCCUUGUAUACACUGAUCCUGCUGGCCUCAGGACAUUGCUAACAGCACAGGUGACUGAGCAGAGCCCACUCGGGGAGAAUGGCUUGGCAUCCAUUGCGGUACCACCAGGAGUUUUCCAAAGGGGAGAUGCUAAGGAUGGUUUGCCUGGCUUCCCAUCAGAUGUCAGCCCAGCACUGGAGAACCAGUCACGUGACACAGAUCAGAGCAAGAAUUCAAAUCCUCUUGAUGCCUUACCCAUGAUCUCUCCUGAAAAUAUAACUGAUGAUGGCAAAGAGCAGGUCCGUAGUGAGGCCAAUCUCCCAGAAAAUGAUUUCAAAGUGGAGAUUACAUGGGGAGCUCAAGAUGAGGAGAUGUGGCGGAAGCUUUCUUUCCGACAUUGGCCAACACUCUUCAGUUAUUACAAUAACACUUUGGCAAGGAAGUAUGUCAGUAUUCUUCCCAUCAUCCCAGUCUCCUUCCAUCUGAGUCUGCAAGAUGCACUGGAUGCAAGACACCCUCAAGAUGCGAAGCGAUACCAUUCCAUGUUCCCAGCAGAUUACGGAGAGGCAAAAAACAUUGAUGGAAACUGGGCAAAGGAUCUAAAUAAGCAGCAUACUUCCUCUAAAUCACAUGUUCAUUUGGAUGUCACACUUUACAAAGUUGGAGCACUUGGGCUGGCAUCUGGAGUCCUCCUUGUAAUUUUGCUCUUCUGCUUGUAUAAAGUGUUCUGUCCAAAAACUUACGGCCAGGGUGGUCUCUCUCAUGGGAGAAGGCGACGUGGAGACCUACCCUGUGAUGACUAUGGUUACUCACCACCCAUCAGUGAAACCCUGCCACUAAUUUUGAAGGGACAUUUAAUGGAUAUUGAAUGCUUGGCCAGUGAUGGGAUGUUGUUAGUCAGCUCCUGCCUCUCUGGACAGAUCAGAGUGUGGGAUGCACAGACCGGUGAUUGUCUGACUAUCAUAUCAAACUCAAGGCAAUGGAGGGACAGCAACAUUUACCAUGAGCGGCAAGAAAGCCGGGAGUAUAUAUCAGAUCCUGAAAAUGGAGAAGAUGAUAUAUACGAGAAUGGAUACAACUACCAGAGGAGACUGACUCCGACCCAACCCCUUCUUUUCACCGAUCAGCCAGAUCUAUCCAGUUUGAUAGACACCAACUUUGCAGAGCAGAUGAAAGGAGAGUCUGCAGUUCCCAGGCAGCGAAUUAUUUCUGAAUGUUCACAAGAAACUGGCUAUGACUUUGGUCGAGCUUAUGAUAAAGCGUAUGAGGAUCAUAAAAUGCUGAAUGUGCAAAACCUGAGGAGUUAUCCAUCUCGCCCAGCACCUCUGAAGUCUUCUCAAACAUCAGUGACUCUAAACUCACAAGGCUGGGAUGACUGCCGCAACCACAGGAGGCGGAGUUUAGGAGAUGAGCCAUUUCCUGUGUGUGAGAAAACCUCACCCUUUUCUAUGUGGGGUGGAGACUGUGAAAGUUCUGUUUGGAGUUUAGGUAUACAGGGCAACCUGAUUGUAACAGGAAGAAGCAAUGGGCGACUUGAGAUAUGGAAUGCUGCAGAUGGAAUGCUACGUUGCAGUAGUGAAGAGGGUUCGUCAGGGAUAACAGCACUGGCAUUUAUCACAAACAGAAUUGUUACAGCAAGACUGAAUGGUUCAUUAGAUUUCUAUUGUUUAGACACCGAUAAGACUUUUAACCAGCUACAGUACCGAGGAACACCCAACAGGUGCAGCAUCCCCUCAUCGCCAGUUUUCAACAGUGAUGAUGUCAUUGUUUGUCAGUUGACCCACAUGGUUCCUUGUGCACAUCAAAAGCCCAUCACAGUACUGAAAGCAGCUGCUGGCCGUGUAGUAACUGGUAGUCAAGAUCACACGCUGAGAAUAUAUCGGCUUGAGGACUCCUGUUGCCUUUAUACUUUGCAGGGUCACUCAGGAGGGAUCACUGCGGUUUAUAUAGACCAGACAAUGACACUGGCUAGUGGAGGGCAAGAUGGGGCUAUUUGUCUCUGGGAUGUAUUAACCGGAAGCCGAAUGAGUCACAUGCAUGGUCAUCGUGGUGAUGUUGUUUCUCUCAUCUGUACCUCAAGCUGUGUGAUCAGUGGUGGACUGGAUGACAUCAUCUGUAUAUGGGAUCGCAGUACUAGUAUCAAACUCUACUCCUAUUCGCAGGACAUGGGUUGCGGAGCUAGUCUGGGGGUGAUAUCCGAUAACCUUCUCGUGACUGGGGGUCAAGGCUGCGUCAGCCUCUGGGACAUUGGCUACGGGGACUUGCUUCAGACUGUCUACCUGGGCAAAAGUAAUGAGUUGCAGCUUGUUCGACAGCUACUGGUCUUGGACAAUGCUGCCAUCGUGUGUGACUUUGGCAGUGAACUUAGCCUUGUUUACUUCCCAUCUGUGCUGGAGAAACUAGACUGAAUGAAGGAGGGAGUAUUAUCUAAUGAGGCUAUGCCUUCAAGGAAGAAGCAUUGAUGCAAAUUUGCAAUCAUGGUCCUGAGUUUUUGUGUGACUAGAGAUGUGAUACACUGGACGGUUAGAAACUCAAGUGCAUGGGGAGAAAUCUGCACAAUAUGCUUGGGGAUCUUUGUGUCAGCGAGCAGAAACAAAGCAAAAUUUUAAUUUUAUAAUUUAUGUAACAAAGCUUCAGGACUGCAGUGCAUGGUGCAGGUACAACAAAUCUGCCCUAAAGCACUUCAUUGAGAUAACAAGCACGUUAAAGUUUAGAAAUCAGGCCUGAUUUUAUAAAAUUGCUUCAUGUGAAUUAGACAUAAACUGUGACGCAGAGAUAGCGCAGAGAUAUUAUUUUUUAAAUUAAUUUUUUAAAAGUGCAUUAAAGAAUUAAGUUUAAGAAAGGAGAGCGCUGUGCAAGAGAUGUUUAAAAAGUAACCACACUCAUGCAGACUGUGAGCAGUAGGUAAGAAGAAAAAUAUUGAAAUUGCAAGAAAGCUAAACAAAGAGGAGAAAAUUCUGGCAAUAUGUAACUGGUUUGUCAGCACCAGUAAGGAAAAGAGAUGAGAUAAAUUAUUCUUUAAAAUACCAUCAAACCAGUUGUAAUGCCAACUUUUCAUUAAAUGCCUUUUUUUCUCUCAAGAAAAAAAAUGAAAUGUGUUGAAAUACAGAACAAGGGAGCUUAUUUAUAACUGAAGACUUCUUAAAUUGAGGCACCACCUGUCUAGUCAAUCAACCUACUUCAUGGAAUGAUCUUAACCCAAAAUAUUAGCUUGUUUACAUGUGCUGAUGACCUCUGUGUAAGUCAGACAUUCUCUGUUAUUAAAACAGAAUAAUCCUGUUAUAGUUGGCAGAGCUGUUCAGCACUCAACAGUGUUUCUGCCUCCUACCACUUCUCUCGUAGUCACCUCCUCAACCUUCAGCAGCACUGCUUCUCACAGUAACAAGAGCCCCUUGAGUAUGUUCCACCACUAAUUAAAUUGUUAUUAAUCUGUACCUCAGCUCCAUGUACAACCCGUAGAACCCUUUUUGAUCAAGUUGCUGCCUAAUAAGUGCUCACAUCUUUACUUUAUUCAUUACUUUUGAUCUUGAAACAGCAUUCUGAAUGAAGCUCUUCUCGGUUAUUUAAAUUGCUGACCAGCAUUGCUCAAGAGUGCAGUCUUUCGGGACAGAAAUCGCUGCACUCCUCUGUCUUUAUAGAGCUUGGCUGGAUGCAAGCACUGGCUUAAAAAUAGACUGCAUUAUUGUAGCACCAUAUCUGUAGGCAUUGACAACACAGCCACUUCACAACAAAGGCCAGUUAACAGGCCCAUUAGUAGUAAUAUUAUCUAAGUAUUACAAUUCAACAAAUUGCUUUUCAACAGUUGGAACUGCCAGGAAAUAUUCACACUGUUUGGAUCAGAAUCUAAUGGAUAAAGGCCUAUUUGGUACAUCAUGCCUGUGCCCACUCUCCAAAACAGCUAUGCAUUUAGUACCUUUCCCUAUUUCUUUCCCAAUACAUCUAUUUUACUGUUCAUUUUGAAAACUUUACCCAUUUUUCUAAGCAAUGAAUUUUCACUAGAUUUCACCUAAAUCCUCUGUACUCAGAUGAUUAUAAAAACAAUUACAAUCAUUUUAACAGUUACAAAAAUAUCAUGUGGGAUACCAUUUUGGACGGUCAACAGUUACCAUUAUUUCAUACUGUGCUUGCUGUAAAAGGAUUCUUUUGGUUGUUUAAUCAAGGAAUUUGGUCAGAGCAUUUAGUCAAAUAUUAUCAAUGUGCAUUUUGUUUUUGUUGCCAUAUGCAAAAUUGAUGGCUGUUUGCUAAUUAUGAAUAUCACUCUACAUUACUGGCAUGUUGCAAACAGUGUUUGAAAAUAUAAUAUUUUGAUUAUGCAGAUAAAGGUAGUCAGACCUGGUUGAGGAUGGUCUGUGAAUCGUGGGGGUAUAAGCUGAAUUUAUUAUCUUCUUUCCGCCUCCUCCAUGCUUCCUAGUCACCAACUUGUCAGGAUAGGUCCGCAAAGCUGAGGUGGGUGAUGGAUAAAUGAGUAAUAUUGCUGAAAUUUUGUAAUUUCCCUGACAUCCAACAGCUCAGUGUUUUCUCCCCAACCAAUUGCAAAUGCAAUCUCUCAUAGCUCAGUUAUGUUGCACUUUUAAUUUCUCAGAACAAUUAAUUUUCACUCAUAUAGAGAAAAGAUACUAAAUUAGCGGAGGAGAGAAUUACAGAGUUUGUUUUCAAAUUCUGUAUUGAUGAAAACUUGAUCAGAACUCUCUAUUACUGCUUGCUUAAUUCAAAAUAUUUAUUGUGUGUAUAUUUUUUUUAAAGAUUUACUGUAAUGCAGGGUUUUUAAGAUCAAGUUGAUGUCACUUAUUUAUAAGGAGUAACUGUAAAGGGUGAUGAACAGUAAUGGAAAUUUCUCCCAUAUCACACUACUGAUAGGAUGUUGGUCAGAGUCUUUGCCUGGGUACUGUAGCCAAUUGUGGCCAGGAGGCUGGAGGAGACUUCCUAGUCAGCCACUGGGGCAUCAUACCUUUUGACUUUGUGACCCACUUCCUGUUUUUUCUGUUUGUUUCCCUAUGGCUCUGCCUUUUCUGUUAUUCUCACGUCUGUAUUCUUGUACUUCAUAUGUUUUAUUUUUUUUCACCAGUUUGUCGCAAGUCCCUUAGUUGCUCUUUCAUAUUUCUAUCCUAUUCCAACUCUUUUUCUGAGCAUCUGUUUCUCUGUGUCCAUUUCUCUUGCUUCAGUCUGUGCAUUCCACCAUCUUCCCUUUUUCAAUCUUUGUCCCUCUAGCCUCUGUUUUGCACUUCACUGUAACAGUGCUGAUGAGUUCAGGGCCUUGGAACCAAGUAGGGAAAUUAACUUUGUGACCCCAAAAUGCUGCUGCAUUGAGCAUAUGUUUUUUUUUUCUAAUUACAGACUCUUUUUAUUCAAAGCAGAGAGAUUGUUUAAUAUUUAAAGACAGAAUUGUGUGUAGAAUUUUUUAAGAGAAAAAAAAAUGUAUUUGUUUAUUGUGAUUUCUGGCUGGAUACUGUGCACACUACCAUUAUUUGAAAGCUUAUCUGAGAGCGUUCUAAACACACUCUGCUCUCCUUUUCAUCAAUGGAAGUUUUCCUUUCAGGUUUCCAUCUGAAUAGGUCUCUUGAACGUAAAUAAAUUAUCUGCAGACUCUCUUCUGUUUUUUUUAAAUGUUAGAGAUUGUUAGAAAAUCAAAAUUAGAAAAAUGUACAGAACCAAAGAAUAUUUCUUAAUCUUAUCAUUUUUUGGAACAAGCUUUUAAUAAAAAAACAUGCAAA